GCAACGAAUCACCCUCGGGGGCGGCGCUAGGGAGGGUAUGGCGCGAAGCUUAGCGAGAACCUGCUAUCGGGUGACAUGAGGCGCAGUGCAAUAUAAGCAGACGAGUGAGCCUCCCAGGCCAGACUGCUCAGUAUCUCAGACAUGGCAUCUUCAGUCCCCUUCACCGGUCUCUUCAUCAACGGGCAGCAGCGCCCCGCCAGCGACAACGGCUCCUACGAAGUCCGCAACCCGUACACUCGUGAAGUCGUCGGACACGCUGCGGCCGCUACGCAGAAGGAUUGCCGGGAUGCUGUAGAGGCAGCCGCGACCGCUUUCAAGACCUGGGAGAAUUCGCCCCUGCACCUGCGCCGCGACAUCUUCCUCAAGGCCUCGGAUCUGCUGGCCACCGACAAGUGGAAGAAGCGCGCCACCGAGGCGCUCCAGGAGGAGGUCGCGGCGACCGACUUCAUGGUGAUCUUCAACUUCGUGCUCUCGAACAACGGCCUCCGGGUCGACGCCGGUGCGAUUGAUCAGCUCAAGGGCGAGACGUUCCCGUCCAUCGUCCCCGGCGGCCAGGUCACCACCGUCCGUCGCGCCAUGGGUGUCAUCUACGCCAUCUCCCCUUGGAACGUGCCCCUCGCGCUCACUAUCCGCGCUUGCGCCGUCCCCAUUGUCUGCGGCAACACCGUUGUCCUCAAGACGUCCGAAUCGAGCCCGCGCUCGCAGACGCUCGUCGCCGAGCUCCUGCACGAGGCGGGCCUGCCGAGCGGUGUCCUGAACAUCAUCUCCACGCGGAGAGUCGACUCCCCGCCCCGGUCGGCGGAGAUCAUUGCACACCCUGCUGUGCGCAAAAUCAACUUCACCGGCAGCUCGGUCGUCGCGAAGUCGCUUGCGACCGAGGCGGCGAAAUGGCUCAAGCCGUGCGUCUUCGAGCUCGGUGGUAAGGCUCCCGUCGUCGUCCUCGAGGAUGCCGACAUCGACCGGGCCGCCCGUGCGAUCACGUCGUCCGCGCUCAUGAACUCCGGUCAAAUCUGCAUGUCGACCGAGCGCGUCAUCGUCAUGCGCAAGGUCGCGCCGGCCCUCAUCCAGGCGCUGAAGACGCACUUCCAGAAGCUGAAAGCAGGCGGCCCUGGCCUCCCGCUCUCCGCCCUCUUCACGGAGGCGUCUGCGCAGCGCUUCAUGGGCCUGCUCGAUGACGCUGUGGCGAAGGGCGCGAAACUCCUCCUCGGAGACAAGGCCCGCGAGGGCUCCGUCGUCCAGCCCCACAUUCUCACCGAUGUCACGAGCGACAUGAGGAUCUGGAACGAGGAGUCGUUCGCCCCGAACAUCAUCGUCCACUCUGUCGACACCAUCGACGAGGCUGUCGAGUACGCGAACAAGUCUGACUACUCGCUGAUGGCGGCGGUCUGGACGAAGGAUGUGUACAGCGCCUACGAGACCGCAGGGCGCAUCCACUCCGGUACCGUCAACAUUAACGGCCCUACCGUCCACACUGAGAUGGGUACGGCCGGCAACGGUGUCGGUAGCUUGAGGGGUCUUGGUGGCGACUCCGGUUACGGUCAUUUCGGCGUCGAGGACUUCACAUACAUCCGCGUCCUCUCGCUCCACCCGAAGGACGACACGCAGUACCCGCUCGUCGGAUAGAGAUGCAGAAAUUUGUGCAGGUCACUCUUGUAUAGUAAGGGUUUGUGUCGUGUAGGAAUGCGCACGUAGAGUUUCGUCGUCUUCAGUUGUGCGUGUUGAGGAUAGUGUCCUUCCGACGAAGGCGAGAGUUGAAGGCCGCAACAAGCUCCUAUCCCUCAUGUCAUACCCGAGCAUCCUGAUCAGUGAGCAUGUGGAAUGACACGCCAACAAUGUACUCAGUUAGCUCGAGAACAGGCUUGGCUGGAUCAGUGGAUGGACUCUGCC